GUGUCUUUAAGUGGCAGGACGCCGUGCAGUUAGUGUUAGUGGGUGUUUAAUCCGCUGAGGGCGCACUACUAACCGUCACAGCGCAGAGCAGACAGCUCGUCCCCUGGACACACUCCUACGGGCUAGUUUCCGUCAAAAGCGGGCAAAACUUUCGCGCAAGUCACUUUUACGUGUGAACAUUCCUGGAGCGCCUACAUAACCGACAGUGGAGUACUUUACUGUGCGCUUUCCGCGCGGUUUGUGGACUUGAGGCAGAACCGGAAGUGAACAGGUGAAGUACACCUGCUCAGGAGCCAUGCGUGUGCUUUGAAAAAGAAACAUUGUGUUCGUUUGGAGUUUUUGAAGUGUUGACCAGCAUGCGCGUGUGGAACCGUCUGUCGGCUCGAUAAUCUUUUGCGUGUUGCUGUUUUUUUUUUCUCUCCACGGAAGUGACCUGAAAGUGUUGCUGUCUUUAAAAGUCGAGCGCGAUGGGGAACCAGGUGGAAAAACUGACACAUUUAAGUUACGAUGAAGUUCCUACAGUCGACCCGAACGGAUACGAGGACGAAAGCGGGCCGCGGAUCGGAGUCUCGUACAUUUUCUCCAACGACGACGACGAGGAUGAGGAGCACCCGGCGGAGAAAGGCGGCGGCGGCGGCGGGGACGACGACGACGACGAGGACGAGGAAGGAGAGGAAGGCUACGCCAGCCUGCGUGAAAUGGAGUGCGCGGUGUAUUACCGCGAUGAGUGCGUGUACGAGAGGACGGCCGCGGAGACGGGAUCGCUGCAGUCGUGUGAGAACUUGCUGAACAGAUGCAAACCGGGCGACUUGGUGGAGUUCGUGUCGGCUGGUCAGUACCCGCACUGGGUGGUUUACACCGGAGACUUCCAGGCGGUCCACCUGCACAGGAGUGAGAUUAAAAUGGACCACCUCUCCGACGCCGCGCAAGGCAAACGCGGCCGAAUCGUGAACGACUUGUACAAAUUCCGCGCGCUGAAUCCGGAUGUCGUGGUGAAGAACGCGCAGGAUCAGAUAGGUGUGAAAGACGGCGGUGUGUGCUGGAGGAACUCGGAGUGCUUUGCUGCGUGGUGCAGGUUUGGCAAGCGCGAAUUUAAAACCGGUGGAGAGCUGCGCAUCGGCAAGCAGCCUUACAGGAUGAAAUUACAUCUCUCUGCGAAGAGGAGCCACGACCUGGAGUUCCAGAGUCUGGAGGAUCUCAUCAUGGAGAAGCGCAGGAAUGACCAGAUCGGUCGAGCCGCCGUGAUCCAAGAACUGUCGAACCAUCUGAAUUCUAGCGAAGAAGUCAACAGCGACUGCAGCUGUGAUUGAUUUACUGAAAUAUCUUUUAUAAGGACAACUUAUUGUAUAUGGACGUACAUGACCAAGCCUUAAAACAUCUACAAACCAGUCCAUCAUAUCUCAUGGUCUCACGAUCAUAAGAAUCACACAUGGCACCUGAUAUAUAAAGUUAUUAUUAAAGUUAUGGUCAGGUGGCAAAUGUAGCAUGUUUUGGACAGGUUUUUGGAGGAGAAGUUAAAACCAGAGUAAUGUGGACAACUCUAUACAGGGUCACAAGGGGCUCGGGGUCUACCCCAGGAGACUUGAGGUACAAGGCGGGGUACAUCUUAUCCUGUAUGUAGGGUCGCAGGGGGCCCGGCACCUACACUUAGGGCACGAAGAGGGGUACACCCUGGUGCCAACAGCACAACCUUUCUAAACUAGAUAAUUAAUUUACAAUGAUAAAGAUACCCAGUUCACUCAAGGAGUGCCCUGAAAUAAUACACCAAAGCUAACGUUUCCUGCAAGGCAGUAUCCGCCAGUUUUUGACUCCUGAACUUAUUACCUUGUUUUAUGGUCUUAUCUGUGUGAGCACAGCCACCUACAUGGCACAUUUCAGUGGAUCAAUAAAACAUUUGUUUAUAUUCACUACAUGCCGACAUUAAUCAUAGGUUUUGUGUUCCUCAAGCCAAUUGAUUGAUAAGUACCAUACAUGCUUGCACAUCACCCUUCUUUAUAGAACACCAUAAAAACAGCAGCAUUGUAUUUUAUUUUUUUACAAAUCAAAAACCAAACCGUACUUUCAGGUGAAAAGACACUACAUAUGAACUGUUCUCUUUGUUAUGGAUAAAAUUACCAUGUAUUUUCUUUUUUUACCAUGAAAAUAAAUAAUAUUUUGAAUAAAUUGAGCUAGUGAUACAGAUAUAUAUCGUACAUUGCAGUUUCAAAGUGAACACUAAAGUACAUAUUAUUUACAUGACAUUGUAAAAAUACAUUGUUUUAUAGUGCUGCAAUUAAUCACAUAAAAAUCUAAAUCACUAUAUAGACCUGAGAAAUUAUUUAAUCACAAAAGGGUGCAAUUUAUUACAGGUAUUAUACUGAUAGUCUGCAAUUUAUGUAGAG